AUGUCCAAACCCAAAAGUCAAAAUAACAAAGACGAAAUUAUCACUGACCUAGAUGACGAAUCUAAAAUUAAUGGAACUAAAGCACAUUCAUUUCCUGCAAAUACAAAAACUUCGAGAUCAAUAAUAAAAGCAACAGACUCAUCUUCUCUCAAAAAUGGGAAUGAAAAAUAUAAUGAAAGAAAUAGAAAAAAAGAAACAAGUAUUCUGACAAGUCCUGACCGCACAUUGAAACCUCCGUCGACGACAAAAAAACCACGAAGGCCCGUCAGUGGUAAAACGACAACAAAUGCGAGUAGUACCACAAAAGAAAUAAAUGGACUCGCUGAUGAAGAAGUAUCAACAGGUACUCGAACACCUCCUGACCACACUUCAAGACCUUCGUCGGGGGUAAAUAAAACAUCAAGGCCCACCAGUGCGAAGACGACAUCCACAUUAAUAGACGAUGAUGUAAAGACUAGUGGAACAGAAAGUCCAGUAGUAAUGAACAACGAAAUAGUAUCUAGGAGAACAUCAAAAUCAAAUGAAUCGUCAAGACCUUUGAGUGCCAAAGACAACGCAGCAGAUCUUCUCCCUGCAGAUGAAAAAGAUACAUCAAAAACAUCUGACACUUUGAAUAACAUGAAUGAGGACCAGACAAAAAAUCAAUCUGAUCUAGGCAAAGAAAAUGUGACUGGGACAACAUCGUCGUCGUCUGGUCCACAUUCUAGACCUUCUUCAGGAAUAGAAGCAUCUAAGGUCACCACUGAAAUCGAAACCAAUGAUAAAAUACCUGGAGAUUCUCCACCUACAGGAAAAUUGUCACCUGUCAAUAAUGUAUCAAGUCCAGUACAUAAAGCUAAUAAAAUAUCAAGGACAAGUAGCCCUACCGACACGAAAAUCAGUGACUUAAAUGAGGAAUUUGAAGUUAAGGAAACUAGAAGACAAUCAUCUUCUGACAAAAUUACAACAUCAAGACCAACAUCAGGUUCAGGAAGCGCAUCCAGACCAACAAGUGCGAUUAAGAACACUAAAGAAAUAAAUGGACACGUUGAUGAAGAAGUAUUUACAGGAACUCGAACACCUCCUGACCACACAUCAAGACCUUCGUCAGGGAUAAAUAAAACAUCAAGGCCCACAAGUGCAAAGACGACAACCACACAAAUAGACAAUGAUGUAAAGACUAGUGUUACAGAAGGUCCAAUAGUAGUAAACAACGAAAGAGUAUCUAGACCAACAUCAAAAUCAAAGGAAUCGUCAAGACCUUCGAGUGCCAAAGACAACGCAGCAGAUCUUUUCCCUGGAGAUGAAACAGAUACAUCAAAAACAUCUGACACUUUGAAUAACAUGAAUGAAGAUCAGACAAAAGAUCAAUCUGAUCCAGGCAAAGAAAAUGUGACUGGGACAACAUCUACGUCGUCUGGUCCACAUUCUAGACCUUCUUCAGGAAUAGAAGCAUCUAAGGUAACCACUGCAAUCGAAACCAAUGAUAAAAUACCUGGAGAUUCUUCACCUACAGGAAAAUUGUCACCUGUCAAUAAUGUAUCAAGUCCAGUACAUGAAGCUAAUAAAAUAUCAAGGACAAGUAGCCCUACCGACACGAAAAUCAGUGACUUAAAUGAGGAAUUUGAAGUUAAGGAUACUAGAAGACAAUCAUCUUCUGACAAAAUUACAACAUCAAGACCAACAUCAGAUUCAGGAAGCGCAUCCAGACCAACAAGUGCGAGUAAGACCACUAAAGAAAUGAAUGGACACGUUGAUGAAGAAGUAUUUACAGGUACUCGAACACCUCCUGACCACACAUCAAGACCUUUGUCAGGGAUAAAUAAAACAUCAAGGCCCACAAGUGCAAAGACGACAACCACACAAAUAGACAAUGAUGUAAAGACUAGUGUUACAGAAGGUCCAAUAGUAGUAAACAACGAAACAGUAUCUAGGCCAACAUUAAAAUCAAAGGAAUCGUCAAGACCUUCGAGUGCCAAAGACAACGCAGCAGAUCUUCUCCCUGCAGAUGAAACAGAUACAUCAAAAACAUCUGACACUUUGAAUAACAUGAAUGAAGACCAGGCAAAAGAUCAAUCUGAUCCAGGCAAAGAAAAUGUGACUAGGACAACAUCGUCGUCGUCUGGUGCACAUUCUAGACCUUCUUCAGGAAUAGAAGCAUCUAAAGUAACCAUUGCAAUCGAAACAACUGAUAAAAUACCCGGAGAUUCUUCACCUACAGGAAAAUUGUUACCUGUCAAUAAUGUAUCAAGUCCAGUACAUGAAGCUAAUAAAAUAUCAAGGACAAGUAGCCCUAGUAACACGAAAAUCAGUGACUUAAAUGACGAAUUUGAAGUUAAGAAAACUAGAAGACAAUCAUCUUCUGACAAAAAUAAAACAUCAAGACCAACAUCAGGCUCAGGAAGCGCAACCAGACCAACAAGUGCGAGUAAGACCAUUAAAGAAAUAAAUGGACACGUUGAUGAAGUAGUAUUUACAGGUACUCGAACACCUCCUAACCACACAUCAAGACCUUCGUCAGGGAUAAAUAAAACAUCAAGGCCCACAAGUGCAAAGACGACAUCCACACAAAUAGACAAUGAUGUAAAGACUAGUGGUACAGAAGGUCCAAUAGUAGUAAACAACGAAACAGUAUCUAGGCCAACAUCAAGAUCAAAGGAAUCGUCAAGACCUUCGAGUGUCAAAGACAACGCAGUAGAUCUUCUCCCUACAGAUGAAAUAGAUACAUCAAAAACAUCUGACACUUUGAAUAACAUGAAUGAAGACCAGACAAAAGAUCAAUCUGAUCCAGGGAAAGAAAACGUGACUGGGACAACAUCGUCGUCGUCUGGUCCACAAUCUAGACCUUCUUCAGGAAUAGAAGCAUCUAAGGUAACUACUGGAAUCGAAACCAAUGAUAAAAUACCUGCAGAUUCUUCACCUACAGGAAAAUUGUCACCUGUCAAUAAUGUAUCAAGUCCAGUACAUGAAGCUUAUAAAAUAUCAAGGACAAGUAGCCCUACCGACACGAAAAUCAGUGACUUAAAUGAGGAAUUUGAAGUUAAGGAAACUAGAAGACAAUCAUCUUCUGACAAAAUUACAACAUCAAGACCAACAUCAGGUUCAGGAAGCGCAUCCAGACCAACAAGUGCGAUUAAGAACACUAAAGAAAUAAAUGGACACGUUGAUGAAGAAGUAUUUACAGGAACUCGAACACCUCCUGACCACACAUCAAGACCUUCGUCAGGGAUAAAUAAAACAUCAAGGCCCACAAGUGCAAAGACGACAACCACACAAAUAGACAAUGUUGUAAAGACUAGUGUUACAGAAGGUCCAAUAGUACUAAACAACGAAACAGUAUCUAGGCCAACAUCAAAAUCAAAGGAAUCGUCAAGACCUUCGAGUGCCAAAGACAACGCAGCAGAUCUUUUCCCUGCAGAUGAAACAGAUACAUCAAAAACAUCUGACACUUUGAAUAACAUGAAUGAAGACCAGACAAAAGAUCAAUCUGAUCCAGGCAAAGAAAAUGUGACUGGGACACCAUCUACGUCGUCUGAUCCACAUUCUAGACCUUCUUCAGGAAUAGAAGCAUCUAAGGUAACCACUGCAAUCGAAACCAAUGAUAAAAUACCUGGAGAUUCUUCACCUACAGGAAAAUUGUCACCUGUCAAUAAUGUAUCAAGUCCAAACAUCAAGACCAACAUCAGAUUCAGGAAGCGCAUCCAGACCAACAAGUGCGAUUAA